UGAAUCAUAUAAAAUAGUUUUUUCUUUGCUUAACUGGUCUUAAGUAAAAUCUUCAGGAACAAACCAAAUUUACAGUAGAAUAAUGAUUGCUAAAUUGUAGACCGGGUACUCAACUUUCCUAUAAAUAGUUCGGCCAUCUACAUUCUGAUUAUAUAGCAAUAAUUAUACUUGUCUCCGCAUUACUAACUGUUUUGUGUUUAGUUUUGAUUGAUAAGUGAUUUGUGAAAAUAAAUUUUAUGUAUUACGUUUUGCGGAGCAAUUUCAAGGAAGAUACUUCAGAAGCAAAAAUGUUUAAGUUUUUAAGAUUAAGUGUUUCAACAUCAAAAAUUUUAAUAAGCGGCAUACCGCUCCAAACUCAAUUCGAAGACAUCGAACCUCUUCUGAAGCCAUACGGCAUCGUUAAACAGUGUGAGGCUGUCUCUAGUAAGGACCCCAGUACUCAAACAGUACAUAUUACAUUCGAUAGUCCCGAGCAGGCUCAAAGAGCUGCUAGUGGAUUAAACGGUGUUGAAUUUGAAGGCAACAAAUUACACGCUGAACAGCUGGAUAAGAAUCAACGCCGUAACAACCGUAGUCAGCGUAAUCAAUAUCCCGGUAUGCCAGGUCCAGGACGUCAGGCUGAUUUUCCGCUGCGCAUUUUAGUGCAAAGCGAAAUGGUUGGCGCCAUUAUUGGACGUCAGGGUAGCACUAUACGCACGAUAACACAACAAAGUCGCGCACGUGUUGAUGUGCAUCGAAAAGAAAAUGUUGGCUCACUUGAGAAAGCAAUUACUAUAUAUGGUAAUCCAGAGAACUGCACAAAUGCAUGUAAACGUAUUUUAGAAGUAAUGCAACAGGAAGCCAUUUCAACGAAUAAAGGUGAAAUAUGUCUUAAGAUUCUUGCUCAUAAUAACCUUAUCGGACGCAUAAUUGGCAAAAAUGGUAACACAAUUAAACGCAUCAUGCAAGAUACAGACACUAAAAUAACAGUUAGCUCAAUUGAUGAUAUCAGUAGCUUUAAUUUGGAGCGCAUUAUUACCGUUAAAGGUCAAAUAGAUAAUAUGUCCCGUGCUGAGAGUCAAAUAAGCUCAAAACUACGUCAAAGUUACGAAAACGAUUUGCAAGCCAUGGCACCACAGAGCCUCAUGUUCCCCGGUCUGCAUCCGAUGGCUAUGAUGUCAACACCUGGCAAUGGUAUGGUUUUCAAUGCAAACAUGCCAUAUGCUUCGUGUACCGGUUUCCAUAUGUCCAAAACUCCCACCACAGUGGUGCCACCUGCCUUCCCCAAUGAUAUGCAGGAGACCACUUACCUUUACAUACCGAAUAAUGCCGUUGGCGCCAUAAUUGGUACAAAAGGCUCUCAUAUACGCAGUAUAAUGCGAUUCUCGAAUGCAUCAUUGAAAAUUGCACCGCUCGAUGCUGAAAAACCUGCCGAACAACAAACAGAACGUAAGGUUACCAUUGUUGGUACGGCAGAGGGUCAAUGGAAAGCACAGUAUAUGAUUUUUGAAAAGAUGCGUGAAGAAGGUUUUAUGUGCGGUAACGAUGAUGUUAGAUUAACUGUUGAAAUUUUGGUAGCAAGCUCACAGGUUGGCAGAAUUAUUGGUAAGGGUGGACAAAAUGUACGUGAAUUGCAACGUGUCACUGGUAGUGUUAUUAAAUUGCCAGAACAUGCUAACGUUGCACCCUCUGGAGGUGAUGAAGAUACACCAGUUCACAUUAUUGGACAAUUCUAUAGUGUUCAAUCUGCUCAGCGACGUAUACGUGCUAUGAUGAUGUCAACGAAUCCGCCACCAGUUACCAAAAAACAGAAAGCUGCCAAAGAACAGUCCGCCGCUGCAGCUGCUGCUGGUAGUGGGUCGCAUGCACACCAGCCUCAGCAGCAACAGCAACCGCCACAACAACAUGUUCAACAACAAGUCCCACAACAGCAACCAACCCAGCAACAAGGUACAAGUUCAAGUCAGUAAGCUUACGUCUAAAAUACAAAUUUUCGUUUUCGUUCACAAAAAUUAUAUAUUUUAAUUUUAUUGUAAGAUUUUAUAAAAGUUUAAA